UUAUUCUCAAACUCAAUUCUUUCUUCUCACCUCCUCCGCCAUGGCAACCGCGCCGCCGCCGCUGAAGGACGAGCUGGACAUCGUCAUCCCGACGAUCCGAAACCUGGAUUUCCUCGAAAUGUGGAGGCCGUUCCUGCAGCCAUACCAUCUGAUCAUCGUCCAGGAUGGCGACCCCUCCAAGACCAUCAAGGUCCCCGAUGGCUUCGACUACGAGCUCUACAACCGUAACGACAUUAAUCGGCUCCUCGGCCCCAAGGCCUCCUGCAUCUCCUUUAAGGAUUCUGCCUGUCGCUGCUUCGGCUACAUGGUCUCCAAGAAGAAAUACAUCUUCACCAUUGACGACGACUGCUUCGUGGCCAACGAUCCGAAAGGGAACAUGGUGAAUGCAUUGGAUCAGCACAUCAAGAAUCUGCUGUCGCCGUCGACGCCAUUGUUCUUCAACACGUUGUAUGAUCCUUACAGGGAGGGCACCGAUUUCGUGCGCGGCUACCCUUUCAGUCUGAGGGAAGGAGUACCGACAGCCGUCUCGCACGGCCUGUGGUUGAACAUCCCUGAUUAUGAUGCACCGACGCAGCUCGUCAAGCCCCUGGAGAGGAACACUAAGUACGUUGAUGCAGUGAUGACAAUACCAAAGGGCACCCUGUUUCCCAUGUGCGGCAUGAACCUAGCAUUCGAUCGCGACCUCAUCGGCCCUGCUAUGUACUUCGGCCUGAUGGGAGACGGGCAGCCAAUCGGGCGAUACGACGACAUGUGGGCUGGAUGGUGUGUCAAGGUUAUCUGUGAUCAUCUGGGAUUGGGGGUGAAAACGGGGCUGCCAUACAUAUGGCACAGCAAGGCAAGCAACCCGUUUGUGAACCUGAAGAAAGAGUACAAUGGGAUAUUCUGGCAGGAGGAGGCCAUACCAUUCUUCCAAAAUGCAACCCUUUCAAAAGAUUCGACCACUGUGCAGAAGUGCUACAUCGAACUCGCCAGACAGGUGAAGGAAAAGCUUGGGAAAGUGGAUCCUUACUUUGUGAAGCUUGCAGAAGGUAUGGAGACGUGGAUUCAGGCUUGGGAUGAGCUCAACACACCUGAAAAGCUUCAGAAAAAGUAGUCAGCUACUACUAUGUGGUAUGAUAAAAUCAGGCCAUAGUUUGAAUUCGAAGUUCAAACUUUGGAUUAAUGUAGUUCCUGUUUUGCUUCUCGUUUAGAUGAGGUGUUGUAGACUUCAGUUGGAUUUUUGCAUAAAACUGUAGGAAUAAAUUGUGAGCUUGCAUU